UACAGGUUUUUACUGUAGCACUUGUACGUUAAUUUCCUCUCUUUAUUUUUACAGUGUGCGCUGAGGGUUGUAUUUCGGAAGUUAACCGCUGUGAGAAAUAGCUCAGGGAGUAAUGAGCCGUAUCUGUGGAUCAAUAGCGUGAUGCUGUGCCGAGCGAAUGUGUGAAAGAAUGCGCGAGGGGUGGAGUUCUGCUCUUUUACUUUCCACUCCACACAGUGCAGACGCAGAGAUCUCACCGCUGUCAGAAGAGUCGCGCACUUGAACCCUGUCUUGAGUUUUUCAUUUAGCAAAGCAAACCCUUUACGUUGUCAUCUUUGUUUUUUUCUUGUAACAUUGCUGGUUUCUUAAUUUGAGCGCAUCACAGGGCACUCGCGGUCUCCAGGGCUCCUCCAGCACAGACGCUGAAUCUCUGUCGUCCUGCUGCGGUCCUCGCUGGAGCUGUGAGAUUUCAGUAAGCACCGCAGGACCCAGAACUGUAAAACUGUUUGAAGUAGAGAGCCUCCUCUUGUCCAGCGCGCCCAUGGAAGGCGACGUUAUGGAUAAACUGGAGGACAUGGCCUCAGUGUGCGAGUUCGACCCUAUCACGGGGGAUAUUCCCGCCACCAAAGUGGAGAUCACCGUAUCGUGCAGAAAUCUGUUAGAUCGGGACACCUUCUCCAAGUCUGAUCCUUUGUGUGUUCUGUACACUCAGGGAGUGGAGUCUAAGCAGUGGCGUGAGUUUGGGAGAACUGAAGUCAUUGACAACACCCUGAACCCAGACUUUGUGAGAAAGUACAUCCUGGACUAUUUCUUCGAGGAGAAGCAGAAUCUGCGCUUUGACAUAUAUGACAUUGACUCCAAAAGUCCAGAUCUGGCCAAACACCCCUCCGAUUUCAACGACUUCCUGGGUCAGACCUUCUGCACUCUGGGUGAGAUAGUGGGUUCACCGGGCAGUCAUCUGGAAAAGCCUCUGGGUGGCAUCCCUGGGAAGAAUUGUGGUACCAUUAUUCUCACCGCAGAGGAACUCGGAAACUGUCGGGACUGUGCAUCAAUGCAGUUCUGUGCGAAUAAGCUGGAUAAGAAAGACUUCUUUGGCCGCUCUGACCCGUUCAUGGUGUUCUACAGAAGUAAUGAGGACGGAACGUUCACUAUCUGCCAUAAAACUGAAGUGGUAAAGAAUACACUGAAUCCCGUCUGGCAGCCGUUCACCAUUCCUGUCAGAGCGUUGUGCAAUGGAGAUUAUGACAGGUCAAUUAAAGUGGAGGUGUAUGACUGGGACAGAGAUGGCAGUCAUGAUUUUAUCGGGGAGUUCACCACCAGCUACAGAGAGCUCUCUCGUGGUCAGAGUCAGUUCAACGUGUACGAGGUGGUAAACCCUAAAAAGAAACUCAAAAAGAGGAGAUACAUCAACUCUGGCACAGUGACACUGCUUUCAUUCUCAGUGGAGGCCGAACACACGUUCCUGGACUACAUCAAAGCAGGCACUCAGAUCCAUUUCACAGUGGCCAUUGACUUCACUGCGUCCAAUGGGAACCCUUCUCAGUCUACCUCCCUGCAUUACAUGAACCCCUAUCAGAUGAACGCGUAUGCCAUGGCGUUGAAGGCCGUGGGCGAGAUCAUUCAGGACUAUGACAGCGAUAAGAUGUUUCCUGCAUUGGGCUUUGGAGCCAAGCUUCCUCCUGAUGGCCGGGUUUCCCAUGAAUUUCCCCUGAAUGGUAAUGUAGAUAACCCAUACUGCAAUGGGAUGGAGGGUAUCCUAGAGGCUUACCACGAGAGCCUGAAGACUGUCCAGCUCUACGGACCCACCAAUUUUGCUCCUGUCAUCAACCAUGUAGCAAGGUAUGCAGCAGCGGUUCAAGACGGCUCGCAGUACUUUGUGCUUCUCAUCAUCACAGACGGUGUGAUAUCAGAUAUGGCUCAGACUAAAGAAGCCAUCGUCAAUGCGGCAAAACUACCUAUGUCCAUUAUUAUUGUUGGAGUUGGCCAAGCUGAGUUUGACGCCAUGGUUGAACUGGACGGCGAUGAUGUAAGAAUAUCCUCAAGAGGAAAGCUGGCGGAGAGGGAUAUUGUACAGUUCGUACCAUUCAGAGACUACAUGGAUAGGACAGGAAACCAUGUCCUGAGCAUGGCACGGCUUGCCAAGGAUGUCCUGGCCGAGAUCCCGGAUCAGUUAAUUUUAUAUAUGAAGUCAAGGGGCAUCAAGCCCAACCAGACACCACCAGACUACAGCCCACCUGGGCUCAGCCCAACCCCCACCGUAUGAGUUUACCCAGCCUGCUGAAAGAAAACAGGCGAUGUUAUGUCACCUCCAAUUUGGAUCUCGUAUAAAAACCAAUACAACUGAUUCAGUGGGAGGCGUCUAGGAGAGCGGAUGGUUUCAAAUCCCGGUUUUUUGAUCUCAUACACAGGAGAAAUUGAAAACUCUAUCUGUGUUCUGGAGGUUGAACUGAAGAGAACAGUACUUAUCGAUCUGUGAGUUGGUGUCCUCCUCAUAAUUUCUUCACAAAUUAGCCAACAUUUAUAGUUUGAAUCAGUCUCAUUCAGAUUCAUACGUCCAACGUUGCUGGAUAUAUGGAGAAGAUCUGUGCAGGCAAUGCAAUUUUCUGCUUAUUUAAAAUCUCUAACAUCUCAACAUCUAUAAAAACACUGUAGCUCUUGUGUGUCAUAUAGCAUGUGAGGGGGACUGUGUGUUAUAUUAGGAAAAUCUCCCUUGUAUCUGCCAGAGGAGGCAAACAAGAGCAUCCCUAGAA